AUGAUACCGUCGGCACCGUCGAGGGAGGUGUCAGUCAGCGUUGCCAACGUUAUAACAAAGCAGCCGUCCAACCCAGGUCAUAUUGAAGCAGUUCAUUCGGCUACCAUCCUCAUCGUCGUGUAUCAAAAUAACAACAACUGCAAUUUGGAGCCUUCAAACGUCGGACCGAAACUUCGAGAGUGGACGACAGAGGCUGGAGACCCCAACCUUCCUUCUCUUGAGCAACGUUUCCGACGUUCGCAUUCAGUGAUAGUCUCAUGUCGCUGGUUUAGGAAUACGGCACGAAUAUUAGCUGCUGAAAGGAAAGAUUGGAUAAAUUAG